AUGUCUUCCAUCAAAGCCCUUUCACUACUCUUAUUGAGCUUCAUUGGCUUGACCAUCGCAGCCCCCGUCGCUGUUGAGAUCAAUUACGAUGUCAUUGUCAUAGGAGGUGGUCGUUCCGGUCUAAGUGCUACAAGCGGGCUCUCCAGAGUCAGGCAGAAGACAUUGAUGUUUGACUCGGGUGAAUACCGCAAUGAUCCUACUGGGCAUAUGCAUGACGUGAUUGGAAACGAUAGCACUGUUCCGGCUGUGUUCAGAGCACUCGCACGGGAGCAAAUCUCGCGAUACAAUGCGACUACCACCAUGAGAAACGGGACCGUCAUAUCUGUCGAAUCAAUCGACAACGGGACAUAUUACAAAGCAAUAGUGUCCGACGGCGAGGCAUACACUGCUCGCAGAAUUGUGCUCGGCACUGGAAUAAAAGACAUACUCCCCAUCACUCCCGGUGUCGCUGAAGCAUUUGGAAAGGACAUUUACUGGUGCCCCUGGUGCGAUGGUUACGAGCACCGGGACCAGCCAUUCGGCAUCCUGGGGAACCUCAGCGAUGUACUGGGCAGCGUGAUCGAAGUCUGGACUCUGAACCAAGACAUCAUUGCUUUCGUCAAUGGCACAAACACUCCAGACCAACAAGUAGCACUAGCAGUCAAAUAUCCCCAGUGGGAGGCGCAAUUACAGGCAUGCAAUGUUAUCAUCAACAAUGAAACCAUUCUAUCCAUUGAACGUCUUCAGGAUGGCAGCACAUAUAAUGAUCCCGUUCAAGGUUUGGAAUUCGACCUUUUCCGUCGAUCCACUUUACCGGAAGAGCUCAACUUGGCAAUGAACAGGGUGCAGGUCAAGGUUGAACCGACCAUGAAAUCUAGCGACCCUGGUAUUUAUGUGGUUGGAGAUGCCAACAAUGAUGGAUCCACCAAUGUGGUGCACGCUAUGUAUAGUGGGAAGCGCGCUGCAGUCGAGAUUCAUGUUGAACUGGGCCUGAUCGACUCCCUUGCAGCUAUUGGAAAGAGGGGGUUAAGUCAGAGGAAGCUUGAAGAGGAGGCGAAUAAGCUCAUUGGCGAUGACUUUGAGUAUCUAUGGAAGAGGGCUCAAGAGAUUGUCUGA